AUGGCCCGCUCCCUUGUGUUGACCGGUGCCGUGCUGCUGUGCUCGGGUGCUCUCUUCACGGCCUUCGUGCCGGUCCCCCGAAGCUCUCCGGCAGUGUCGGUCCCAGCGACCGAGACGGCGACAGCGGCAGCGCUGACGGCCCUCGUCACCCCCCAGGCAGCCUAUGCGGACGAAGGUGCCGUGUGGAUCCCAGCCCUCUCUGCGAUUGGUGCGGGCUUCGCCAUUGGCCUGGCGGCCAUCGGCUCGGGUGUUGGCCAGGGCAUUGCGAGCGGCCGCUGCAUCGACGGCAUCUCCCGGCAGCCCGAGGCCAGAGUGAAGCAUCCGAAAGGUUUAGGGUUUAGGGUUUAG